UUUGCCACCGCCUCCGCCCGCCCGCCGCGCGGACCGAGGGAGCCGGGUAGCAGCCGUCUACCCGCCCGCCGCCCGCGUGCUGGGGCUGCGGUGGGCCAGGAUGUCGGGCUUCCUGGAAGAACUGCUUGGCGAGAAGCUGGUGACCGGCGGCGGCGAGGAGGUGGACGUGCACUCGCUUGGCGCCCACGGCAUCUCCCUGCUCGGGCUGUACUUCGGCUGUAGCCUGAGCGCCCCCUGCGCGCAGCUCAGCGCCAGCCUGGCCGCCUUCUACGGCCGCCUGCGGGGGGACGCGGCGGCCGGGCCAGGGGCCGGGGCUGGGCCGGGGCCGGGGGCCGGAGCGGCCGCGGAACCCGAACCGCGGCGCCGCCUGGAGAUCGUCUUCGUGUCUUCGGACCAGGACCAGAGGCAGUGGCAGGACUUCGUGCGGGACAUGCCGUGGUUGGCGCUGCCCUACAAGGAGAAGCACAGGAAGCUUAAACUUUGGAACAAAUACCGAAUUUCCAACAUUCCAUCGCUAAUAUUCCUAGAUGCCACCACUGGGAAGGUUGUGUGCAGAAAUGGGCUCCUGGUGAUCCGCGAUGACCCAGAAGGUCUGGAAUUCCCGUGGGGACCUAAGCCCUUCAGGGAAGUCAUCGCAGGGCCCUUACUUAGAAAUAAUGGGCAGUCCCUGGAGAGCAGCAGCCUGGAGGGGUCUCACGUGGGAGUCUAUUUCUCCGCACACUGGUGCCCACCCUGCCGAAGCCUCACACGGGUGCUGGUGGAAUCCUACCGGAAGAUUAAGGAGGCCGGCCAGAAAUUUGAGAUCAUCUUCGUUAGCGCAGACAGGUCAGAAGAAUCAUUCAAACAGUACUUCAGUGAGAUGCCCUGGCUUGCUGUCCCCUACACUGAUGAGGCCCGGAGGUCGCGCCUGAACCGGCUAUAUGGAAUCCAAGGCAUCCCCACGCUCAUUGUGUUGGACCCACAGGGGGAGGUGAUCACCCGGCAGGGACGGGUGGAGGUGCUCAAUGAUGAGGACUGCAGGGAGUUUCCGUGGCACCCCAAACCCGUGCUGGAGCUCUCUGACUCCAACGCUGUGCAGCUCAACGAGGGGCCCUGCCUCGUCCUUUUUGUAGAUUCUGAGGAUGAUGGAGAAUCCGAAGCAGCCAAACAACUGAUUCAGCCAAUAGCUGAGAAGAUCAUCGCCAAGUACAAAGCCAAAGAGGAGGAGGCACCACUUCUAUUCUUUGUGGCUGGGGAGGAUGACAUGACUGACUCCCUGCGAGAUUACACCAACCUGCCUGAAGCUGCCCCUUUGCUCACCAUUCUGGACAUGUCAGCCCGGGCCAAGUAUGUGAUGGACGUGGAGGAGAUCACCCCUGCCAUUGUGGAGGCCUUUGUGAAUGACUUCCUAGCAGAAAAGCUCAAGCCAGAGCCCAUCUAGUGGGUCUCUAGCCUCUUGAGACCUUAUUUAAGACUCAUUCUCCUCCUCCUCCCCUUCUUCCCCUCUGCCCUUGGACUUUUCCAGCAGGUCCUAAAUCACACAACCCAAAUUUCCAACCUCUCUGUGGUGCCUUGUUUCUGCAUUAACUCCUCACUAGCACCCAAGGGUGCACAUCCUCACAGCAGCAGCAGAAUCUGCCAUAUUUGGAGAUUCUGCCUGGCAUUCACAGGGAUGGCAUAACCGGGCCAGAACUGGGACUGCAGCACUCUCUCCAGGUCACUAGCUUUUGGUGAAGGAUUGUUCAGGGUAUUCUGCACAAUAAGCAUGCAGAGACAUCGAAUUGGGGUUCUGGCUCUGGAGUCAGCACACACACAAAACAGCCAGAAGGGAGCUGCUCCACAUGCACACGCACAUGCUGGUGGAGCGGAGAAAGGGCGUGGCCUCAGCAGACAUCAGCUCAGAGCUGUUGGGGAGAGUAUCCUUUUAUAGGGAACGUAGAUAUAGUCUUUCUUGGUCUGAGGGAGAAACAGCAGCUUAUCAGUGGGUUCUUGGGCAGGGGACUCCCAAAUCUGAAACGAAGCGUGUGGGGUUUUUUUGGUGAGAAAACAAGUAGCUAAGAUAAUGAUUCAUAUAAUUGCUUAGUUUUAUUGAGCUCCUACCAUAUGAUUAGAGUUUUGCAUUCCUUCCUUUUAUCUCUUUCUUCCUUGGUCUUGACCUUCUCCAUGUUUUUGCCUGCUCAUACAGACAGCUUCUACUUUCUCGGAAUUUUGUUCUUGAAUUUUUCUCCUUGAUAUCUUUCCAAGAAACUUGGCCCUGAGUUCUUAGAGGAGCCAUGCUCAGCUGCACAGAUCUCUGGCCCAGCUCUGUGCCUGAGGCCACUGGAUCUUUGCUGAGGCAUCUGCAUCCUUUUCCUGUCACUCCCUUUUCUUUUCAAAGCAGAACUGAAAAGCAAGAAUUUACUAGAAAUCUAGCUUGUCUUUAAGAACCUUCAGAAGAAGCUGUGUUCUCAGGCAGGAGGGAGGACAGAGGGCGUGUCAACUAAAAGUAGGCCAUGGGUACCCUUUGCUAAGACUAGGUAACUUGCCCUUUUGUUUGAGUGGAACUGGCCACAAAAGGGGAAACAUUUGGGGUGAGAGACUUUGGCCCAGGGAUUCACAGGGGUUUAGCCUAUCUCAGUCAGGUGUCAGAGCCUUUAAACAGUCCAAGGCCUUACCCUUGACUCAACUCUGCCAUCUGCCAACCAAAACAAUUUAUUUGGAAAACCCCACAACCCACCCAUAAGCUGUUGACAGUGUUCCUUGCUAAAUUGGAUUGUUUAUUUGUAGUUCAGAAGUACAAAAUUAGUUGGUGAUUAGACUAUUUGAUGUUGCCAGCCUGAAACGCAAUCACCUAGUAAGAAAUAAAGCAGGCAUCUCUGGACAUUACCAUCUAGUGGCCUUCCCUGUUCUUAAUAACAAAAAUAUUUUUCACUUGAGUGCUAUUAGAGGGUGGGCAGUGGAAGGAAAGGCAUAGAGAACCUUUAGUAGCCAUGUUCCAGAAUUUUCUAAAAUCCCAAGAGGUCAGUGGUAGAGGACUUGACUAGCAUGUGCAAGAAGGCCCUGGGUUUGAUCCCCGGUACUGAGGGGGAUAAGAAAAAUCCCAAGAAGAUGGCCAUCUGUCAAAUCAUCUUGGUUUCCAGAAACCAGGAAGCUGAUUUUGAUUAGAGUACCAGAGACAGAUGCCUCCAGGAGCUCGGGUCACUAUCCCUUUGGCUUGGUACUUGCUCCAAGGUGAAUCCCUAGAUUAUAGACAUUGUUAUGGACAUUCCCUGCUCUUUCCCUCUUGAGAUUGCUGGUUAGGAAAACACAAGGACUCCUGCAAGGGUCUCCCUGUGAAGAAUAGGGUAAGAGUUGGGGCUGCCCAAGUCUAGCUCUGUCCUAAGGCUAGAGGCUUCUCUAGAAAUUCUACCAUUGUCCCUUAGAGGGUGAGGCAGAUGAGGGUACAAGAUUAGGCUCUCCCUUGGAAGAUGUAUAGAAUUUGUGUCCCUGCCCUAGGUCAUGACUGCCUUGGAGGAAAGGAGGCCCUCUUUGCAGCUGCUUUUUUUGUGAGGACAGAAGGAACAGAGUCCAUUACAACAGAAAAAUUGGUCAUCUGUGUUACUUUAGUGGCCUGUAUUGGGCUGACUUUUCUGAAGUACCAACUACUAAUGUCAGCCAGAUCCCUGUCACCAGAAUUCCCCUUUUAGAGCAGAUGUGUAGUUUAGUUAAGCUCAGUGGGAAGGUUUAUUAAAAAGGUUUAGGUCUAUACCAUGGCUACGUUGGAGGAAAAUGUUAGGGAAGACUCACUUCACCGUGCCAAUGAAAAAUUCCCUUCUCCAUGGUGCAGGAGAUCCUAAAGGUCAUUGAUGCAGACAAAUGGCAGCGGGAUAAUUCUCACCAAGCAGCUCCAUGAUACCUUACAAGUCUCAUUGCUAAUUGGAAG